GGUACGAAGGGAGACGAGUUACCGAGCGAAGCGGUACGGUGAAGUUUUGCCAACAAAAGAAAAGCAGAAACCGAAGCGCGAAACAUUAGUAAAAAAUAUUCAAGAAUGUUAAAGCCUUGAAAAAAUAUCUCAAAAUUAACGCACACCCACACCGACCGCACUGGAAUUAAGCCCAUAUGCAAAUCGAGCUCAUUGGCCCGCUGACCUGUCAAUGGCAUUUAUCGAUAUCGAAACUAUAUCUAUAUCCAUGUAGAUAGAUGCCCGGCGAACCCGACGAUGUAAUCAUAAGAGGCGGCGCGUAGAGCGGAAAAAGUUUUCCCUCUGAAAGUUUGGACUAAUAGAAAAUAUGGCCGGCCAUUGAGUUUGGCCAAAAAGAGCAAAGUUUCCCAUCUCACUUCUGGUGCUCGCCGCCAUUGGGAUAUAUUGUUCCAUGUGGCCAGGGAGCUGGAUCGGCGGAAUCGGCUGGGGGCUUUAAAGGCGACGGACUGCCCACAAUGGACCUAGGUCGCUGGCUGCUGCAGCUGGGCGUGCACAUGCUUUUGGUUGUGCGGCGCAUUCAGUGUCUACGUGUGACUGACAUCAAUGUGCCACAAAUUGUUGAUUUUCGUGAUAACGUGACAUUAUCCUGCAGCUAUGACAUAAGUGGUCACACGUUAAAUUCGGUUAAGUGGUACAAAAACGGAAAGGAGUUUUUUAGGUACUCGCCCCUCACCCCGCCCACAUAUAUACCCUUUGCCGUGGAGGGCGUGCAGCUGAUCGAUGACGGAAACGAGUGCAACGAGUCCUCCUGUCGCGUGGAGCUCAAUUUAUUGGGCGUCAAGUCGUCGGGCGUCUACAGGUGCGAGGUGUCCGGCGAUGCGCCCCACUUCCAGCUAACUGCACGCGAUGCCAACAUGAGCGUUGAGGCUCUUCCCCAGAACAAUCCACUUAUCAGCAGCUUCCACUCGAUGUAUCACUUCGAUGACUUUGUGCAAGUUAACUGCAGCACCGACUUCUCCAGUCUGUUUACCAGAAUCACCUGGUACAUCAAUGGGAUAAAGGUUUCCUUGGUUGACCUGCUGCCUAGCAUUGAGACCACGAUUGCCGCCCACGAAUAUAACAUGCGUCGCAUUGUCUCCCAGCUGAACUUUUAUGCCAACGAUCCGCGCUUCCAUCAAUUGCAGCUUCAGAAAAUAAAUCAGCAAAAGAGAUCCUUCUUCCCAAACAGGCUAGGCCUGGAGCUGCGCUGCGUGGCGGAAGUAGAUCGAUAUCCGCAUCUGCAGCGCGAGGCAACCAUGUUUGCCCAGGUUUUCCGGGAUGACAUCGACCUGAAGAACCAGAAGCUGACCAACUCACGAUCAGUUGGCAGCCAAAGGGCACAAGUGCAGCAUCUGCCCACGACGAUGGCGUUGACGAUGGCUGCCGCGAUGACCGCAGUGCGACUCUUCACACCGCUGACAUUCCAAUAUGGCGCACGGAAGUCGGCGCGCUGCAAAAUGGCGGCCGCAGCAUAAAUGAACUCUCUGUUGUUUCCGGUUUUGAUUGCGUUUGUUAAACCAUUUUUAUAGCUCUAAGCAACUGAAAUGCACGUGAGAAUUUACAAAAGAAUCUAUGUAAAAUGUAUAUGUAUAAUUGUACGAUAAUUAAAUGUCACUGAUAAUAUAUAUAUAUGGAAUUAAGUAUAGUCUAGGGCAGCGAGCGAGUCCUGUAAAUAGCCUUUAAGUGUGUAAUGCAAUUAUAAGAACACAAUGAAAUCAUCAUCAAUAAACAAGC